AUGAAAAUUUCAUCUAUUAUUUUAGUUGCCCUCAUCUGCGGAGUUACUUUCGCAGCUGACACUCCAACCUGCUCUGGAUAUCUCAGCAAUACUUGUAAUACUACCAACUGUUAAUUCACACCUGACACUAACGGAGUUAGUUUUUGUACUUCUAAAUGCUUUGGAUUUACUGCUUAAGAUGAUUGCUAAAACAGUGCCUCUAAUUGCUCCUACUAAGCUUCUAAAUGUCUUCCCAAGGCUACUGAUUGUGAAUUAUAUAACAAAGAUAAAGCAACAUGCACCAAUCAUAAUAAUGCAUGUUAGUUUUCUGUUACUAAAUGCACACCAAAUGACGAUUUAACAAAUAAAUGUAAAGCCUUUACCAACUAUGCUACCUGUUCUGCUCCCAACACUAACUGCUUAUUUAAUGCUACCGGAGCUAUAUCCUGUGUUGCAAAAACUGAUUUAUAAUGCGAUAACGUAUGCGCUAAUCCUAACGGUAAUUGCUCAUUUGGAACUUGUUCAAAUCCUAACACUUGUAAUACUCUCGCAGAAGCAGAUUGUAAAGGAACUUGUUCAUGGAACGCAGCAAACAAAGCUUGCGAAGAUGCAUGUGCUUCAUAAACUGAUGCUGUAAAGUGUAAUGCUUUAGGAUGCAAAAAUGUGUGUAAUAAUACAGCUCAAACAACCUGUUAAGAUCUUAAAACUGAUGCACUUUGUGUUGCUAAUACUAAUUGCGUUUCUUAAACUCAAGGUACAUGUGGAGCAAAUUAAGAUGCUUGUAAUAUUGCUAAUUGCGAUUUAAAUAACUGUGAUUCAACUGGUGAAUGCUCAGCUUCUGAAUGCCCUGGUGAUGCUAAUAAUUGUGGUCCUAAUUGUUUCUAACUUCCUGCUACAUGUGUACCCAAAAGUGCAACUUAAUGCCUUAAUUCUAUCAAGGAUGCAAGCAACUGUGAAAGUUAAGGAUGUGUUUUUAGUUAGGUUGGUACUUGCUCUACUAAAUCAAGCAAUUCUGUUAUCAUUAUCUUCUCUUUACUCUCUAGCUUAAUUGCUUUAAUGUUCUGA